AUGCCACCAUUCAGAAUUGUCAUUGUGGGAGGCGGCAUCGCAGGCUUCACGGCUGCCAUUGCUCUCCGCGGACCCAAUAGACACAUCACGAUUCUGGAGCAGUCAAAUUUGAACAAAGAAAUUGGGGCGCUAAUCUCACUACAACCCAAUGCGUCAUGGAUUGCUCAGUCUCAAUGGAAUCUGGAGAAUUCACUUCUCGAUGCCCGGCAAAUGGUGGACGAGGGAUUUCGCAUCUACGACACUGAAGGAAAACUGGUGAACACCCUGCCAUUGUUGAAGAAGCAGGGAUAUGGGGCUGAGCGACUCAUGUUUCAUCGAAGGGAUCUCCACGAGGCAUUGAAAAAAGCUGCUCUCUCACGAGAGAGGGCGGGUGAUCCGGCCAUUGUGCGAGUGGGAUCCCGAGUUAUUGACUGUGAUGCCUUGAAGGGAGUCAUCACGUUAGAUGGAGGAGAAAAGGUCGAGGGGGAUUUGAUCGUUGGAGCAGAUGGAAUUCAUAGUGUACUUCGCAGCCAUGUCUUAGAGGACGAACCUCGUCCUAUGCCGACUGGACAUUCUGCUUAUCGACUACUGAUACCAACAGAGGUCCUUGAAAGGGAGGAACCCGACUUCUGCGCCAAGAUCAAUCCGAGAGAGCCUUUCACUUCUAUGAUUGUAGCUCACGACUGCCGACUCGUCAUGGGCCCUGGAAGACAGGGAGAAGUCUAUGGAAUUGUUGCAUUGGUACCAGACACUCAAAUGAAUGAGGAUCCCAAAGCCAAACAGUCUUGGGUCUCGGAAGGGGAUCUUGAAAAUAUGCUUCGAACGUUCGCCGAGUUCCCAUCGUGGGUCAAAAACAUCUUCAGACAUUCAGCAGACCUUGGUCUUUGGCAGCUACGUGAUAUUGAACCUUUGAAGACAUGGCAUCGGGGUCGGGUUAUUCUCAUCGGAGAUGCUGCACAUGCGAUGCUACCCACCCAAGGCCAAGGGGCUAGCCAAGCCAUUGAAGAUUCAGAAGCUUUGGGAGCGUUCUUUGAGGGUGUCACCAAUCCACCCGCUGCCGAGGAUCUUUCCCAAAUUUUGGAGAAUAUCUUCCAGUCCCGCCACAGUCGCGCCAGCUUGAUACAGGCAUACAGCCGCCAGGCAGCCAAGCCUGCGACCGCGAAAGGCGAUAAAACAGUCACCAUGAAACCUGAUGAGUUCAUGGACUUUAAUUGCAAGUAUCGAGGUGUAAAACAAUGGCAGCAGAAGGAAGUUGUGGCUAUCUGA